UCGGGAUUCACAGGUGUUGGAUACCCAAAAGAAAUACCUGUCGCCUUAGCAAAAUAUGUCGAAGCAAAUAAUCUUCAAGGGCAAUUAAAAUUCGAACUGUUUAUCGGAGCUAGUGUUGGUUCAGAAACAGAAAAUAGGCAAGUUAUGCGAUCUACACGCUUUGAUUGUCGAUGGGCGAGGAAUGGAAUGAUAUCACGCCGUUAUCCAUAUCAAGUCGGCAAAGACAUUCGACGAGAAAUUAAUUUGAAUCAUAUAAAGUUUGCCGAUAAGCAUCUUUCGGAAUUCCCAUUGGAUCUGGUUUCUGGAUACUAUGCACUAGAGAAAAGAGGAGACAUAAUGGAACAUCUCGACGUAGUGAUUUGCGAAGCCACCAAAAUCACCGAAGAAGGCAACAUCAUACCUGGUGCAUCUGUUGGCGCAACACCGGAAAUUAUACAAUCGGCGCGUGAUAUCAUUAUUGAAGUGAACACGAUAUUGCCGAGUUUCGAGGGUCUUCACGAUAUCACACUCAGUAAAUUUGCGCCAUACAAGUUUCCGAAUUUGAUUCAGAGAGUUGAUGAUCGUGUUGGAGUGCCAUAUAUACAACUUGAUACUGACAAAGUUGUAGCAAUCAUCGAAUCGAGGCAUAAUGACAAUACGGCAGAAAGUGAACCAGAAGAUGAUACAUCAAGAGCAAUCGCCGGACACAUUCUCGACUUCUUUGAACACGAAAUAAAAAUGGGUCGUAUGCCGAAACAAUUAUUACCAUUACAAUCGGGCGUUGGGAAUAUCGCUAAUGCUAUUAUUGGUGGUCUGGCGGAUGGUCCGUUUGUAGAUGUAGAAGUGUGGACUGAAGUUAUUCAAGAUACUUUCCUUGACUUCUGGGAACACCACAAACUAAAAUUCGCAUCGGCAACCAGUGUCGCAUUCUCACCAAUCGGAUUCCAACGGUUCUUUGAAAUGUGGAAUGACAUGAAAGAUCGAUUGGUGUUACGAAACCAGUCAGUCAGUAAUUCACCAGAGGUUAUUCGACGGUUAGGCGUAAUUGCUAUGAAUACUCCAGUUGAGUUCGAUAUGUACGGACAUGCAAAUUCUACCCAUGUAAAUGGAUCAAAGAUGUUAAAUGGUAUUGGUGGUUCCGGUGACUUCUUACGGAAUGCGAAAUUAAGUAUCAUGCAUACACCUUCAGUACGACCGACAAAAAAGGAUCCUACAGGAAUAUCAUGUAUAGUUCCAAUGUGUUCCCACGUAGAUCACACUGAGCACGACAUUGAUAUCUUUGUCACCGAACAAGGUCUAGCUGACAUUCGAGGGUUGGCGCCGAUCGAACGUGCACGUGCAAUCAUCAAACACUGCGCACAUCCCGACUACCGACCAAUUUUGACCGAUUAUUUGAACCACGCCGAAAAGAAAUGCAUGACUUUGACGGCAGCGCAUCAACCGCAUAUGCUUGAUCGUGUGUUCAAGAUGCAUUCAAAUUCGAUGAGCGAAAAUAACACAAUGAAGAUUGAUAGUUGGUAA